UCGGAACACCUUAAACAUUCGAAAUUCAUAAAUCAUUUGAAUUAUGUUACGAGAUAUUCAUUUCCACUUCCACUGAAUCAUUAGAAGUUUCAAUCUCUACGAUCAUCUCGCGUUUCUCUUGUGCGGUCUUCUCUGGUUUUGCUUUGUUAUGUCAAAGCAUCAAUCUGAUGCAGCUGGCCAAGAUAAACUCGGUCCUGAUUACUUCAGUUACUUCAGACGGGAAGUUAUAGAUUUGUUAUCUCAAGAGGAUAAUCUGCUUUCUACUUCUUCUUCACAUGAUUCACGGAUAUCUGAAGCUUCAUCUUCAUUUGGUGAUAGCAUGGGACCUAAGCUCUCUCAUUUUAAGAAAGAAAAACUGAAGGCAUUGCUCAGGCAGAGUGCUGUUGUUCUUUCAGAAGAAGUAAAUGAGAUGCUCGGGCCUGCUCUAUCUAUCCAACAAUUGAAGUCAGAUUUGAGAUCCAAAAAGAACUUGGAAAAUGUAGACAAAAUAGUUAUGAACGAUGCAGAGCAAGCUCCUUGUAAGAAACUCAAAUCCUCAUCCUCUUCAACCAGCCUAUCUGCGCACAAGAAUUGUGGUAGCCUUGGAAGUAGUAGAGUGAUAGAUGAUGAAUUGCAGUUCUUUCUAGAGAACAAUAGUGAGCAGAUCGAAGCAAUAGUGACAAAUCUUUCAAACGAACUGUCUGGAAAACUAGGACACAUGGAGCAACAGCUUGAGGAAGUUCUUGAUUCUGUGACAUCAAAUUGCAGGCCUAUGACCUUCAAGGAAAAGGAACAGCUUCAGAAAAUGAUUCAGGUGCUUCCACCACAAAAUCUUGGCCGUGUUGCAGAAAUCAUCCAACAUAUGACAGACGAAACGGAUUCCUCUUAUGAAAUCCAUAUUGAUUUGGAUAAAGUGAAUAACACCACUCUCUGGAGAUUAUAUUACUAUGUAGAAGCAGUUGAGAAAGCAAAGAAGCUAGCAUCCGAAUGAAUAACUUUGUCUCUUGCUUUUGCUGCUCCAAGAAUCAUUUUUGAAAGAAGAUGAUGCAUGAUGCCUUCAUGCUCUGCUUUUGAACAAGUUUAGAAGCCCCUCCUCUCUUUGUUUCUAGGAUUUUGGAGGUGGCUGCUCAUAUCUUUAACUUGAAUUGUGGUUGAUUUUGAGGCUAAGAACACAUUCUUUUUGUUUGAACGACUUGCAAUCCUAUAAUUCAAUUGAGAUUGUAAACUCAUUCUUAUAUUUAUUAGAUACGACUCGACUUC